CUCAACUGCACUUGAGUUUGCUCGCAUGUUCUUUCCACAUUUUAACUUUGAGCCACCUUUGAUCCACCCUAAUUAUUGAAACUGCCAGUGUGUCUAUUGUGGGCUCUGUCACUUCCAUGCCACUACACAUGUUGUGGGUCCUGCCUUCACAGCACCAGAGAAGGCUUGUCUAUAAUCUGAAACAGGGACCUGCGUUGGGACCCAUUGUUGUCCUCAUGUGUAGGAUUCCAUUUCUUGGCCAAACAAAUCAAAACCUGACUUGGACUUUGGCAUAUGUAUUAAAGGUCAUUGCCCCCCACUGCUGAACUUGUCCAAAGCAGUCGCUGACCAGGCUCUACACUCUUCUUGCUGAACAAACAUGUAUUUCUUUGGUUUAACUAUGGAGAGAACAGUCAUGCUGCCACCAACAAAGCCCACCACACCUGACACCCUAACUAGGCCAAAACAGACAUCAUUAACAGGUUAUCACUCAGGAGACCUUGCUCUCAGCAGGAUGGCUGUCCUCAAUGACCUAGGUGCAAUCCCUCAAGUAUCAUUGGAUUAUUUCAAGUCUGCUGCCCUGCCACCCCUUCAUGCAGAGAUCAGCAUUGCUGAAAUCAAGACUUCGACUUCGCUGGAGGCCUCUCAGGUUUUGUCCCAAGACUCAGGGUGGACUGCGUUUAAGAAGGAGCCAAAGGUUUCAGGUGUAUCUGAGGAGCAGGUGUUUGGACCCCUUUCAGCAGUUUUUGAGGCAAUUGUCAUGGAGAAGAAGAGUGUUGGCAUGCAAGAGGCCAAGAAGAAUGAAGCCAAAGGCUCUGAUCAUGAUUCAUGGGAUGAUAUUGCUGUUUCAUUUGAGUUCAAAAAGGGUGAUGGGACUGCUGAGUGCAAAGAUGAUGACAAGAAGGUAAUAUGGAGUCUGCACCAUAUUAUGCAUAGCAACCCAUGUUGCCAUGCAACAUUUGGUGUUACCAUUGAGAACACACAAAUGAGGUUUUGGUUCACUUGCUGGGCAGUCAUGCUCAUCAGCAAGUCAUUCAGUUUCCUUACUGAGCCAGAAAACCUCAUCCACUUCUUCUGUGCCCUUGUGUUUGCAAAAGACCAUGAGCUCAGAUGGGAUCCAACAAUCUGGAGAGUGUGUGUCAAGGGUAAAACUCAAUACAUCAUCACUGUGCAUUCAGAAAAUGGGGGAACCAUCAAAUACCAAACCAUGAAUGUCAUUUCCAAUUUCGGCACUGAUGGUGUGAUGGGUCUUGGGUCUUGGGUCUUCGAAGUCUAUCCUAUGCCUCGAGAUGGAAAAUUGAACAUGGAACCUGAUAAAAUCCUUCAAAAAAUAUUUGGUGACUUGUGGGAGCUGAAGGGCAUUGAGGCAGAGAAUGAGGCUAGAAAAUAUUUUCUCACUGUUGUUGAAGCAGGAGAUGUGAUUGUGAAUGGGACAGUUGAUGGCACCACCAGCCUUCUACACACAUCUGAUCUGCCAGCCGACUGUCCUUCAUAUGCACUACCUGUCGAUGGUAAAUGGAAGGCAAAGCCGACCAGGAUCCAUUUUCAUCUGGUGUUCCAGGAAGUUUGCACACCUAUAUACAAACUUCAGCACCUCGAUACCAUGUUUCAAACACUGCAAGAUAUUCAUGAAGCUUUGGAAAUUUUGCACAGUGUAGAUUGGGUGCACCAUGAUGUCAGUGCCACAAACUCUUCACAUGUGGACAUGAGAUCUGCACAAGACAUGUUAAAGGGAACCAUGAAUUUCAUGGCUUGCGAGGUUGAAGGUCAAACAUACCUCUUUAAGCCACCUGGAUUUUUCAAUGAAGUCUACAGUCCCCCAUUCAGGUUCAAUCCCCUGCACAAUAUGGAGUCUUUGUGGUGGAUUCAAAUGUGCAUACUCUAUUACCAUGUUGACCAACCACACGGCCAAUGGUCAUCAAAACAGGAGGAUUACUCAAAGGACCUCUUUCCCAGACAGCUCAAAGUUCAUUUCUAUGAGUUUUCCAACAAUCUGGACCUCCACAUCCUUCCACCCCAUUUUAAGCCUGCAGGUCGACAGGUUGCAAUGAUGCAUGGGGAGCUUAAGCUAGCUUACAUUGAAAGUGAAAAGUGCUUGCCACAGGAGCCACUGGCCUAUGUCGCUCCACUUGAAGGUCUCCACACCAUUUUUAGAGAACACCUUGUGACUGCUGUUGAGGACUUUUUAUCCUGA